AUACAUACAGUGCUGCCGCGAAGACCAUAUUCAGCCACAGCAGAUACAAGGAAUUUCCGACCUCUCUCAAAACCCCAUCAGAAAAACCCUAAUCCCUAAAAUGCGAUCCAUAAUUUGGCAAUCUGUGAAGCAGCUCACCUCGAAGACGACGGCGUCCCGAUUAUUUUCGCAGUCGACCUCCAUCCCCAAAAAACAAGUGCGAGUUCGUGACCACGCCUACGAUGACUAUAUGGAGAUCCAGAAAAAAGUCCGCAAAGUCCUCAAAUUCCAAGACCUCAUUCUCUCGCAGCCCAACGGCAUCAUCUCCGCCUCCCGCCUCGACAGCAUCUCUCGCCGAAUCGGAUUCAAGCAGUUCGAAUCCGGCCGCUUCGUUCUCAAAUUCCCCCACGUCUUCGAGGUGUUCGAGCACCCGGUUCAGCGGAUCCUCUACUGCCGCCUCACCCGGAAAGCCGCCGCGCAGAUCGAGCUCGAAAAAGCCGCCCUCCACCGCCAGAUACCGGAUGCAGUCACCCGGAUCAGGAAGCUGCUCAUGCUGUCGAAAACAGGCCGCGUCAGGAUGGAGCACAUCCGCAUUGCGCGGAAGGAGUUUGGAUUGCCGGAUGAUUUCGAAUCGUCGGUUAUUUUAAAUCACCCCCAAUUUUUCCGGUUGUUUGAUGCUGAUGAGACUAGGAAUAAGUACAUUGAGCUGGUGGAGAGGGACUGCACUCUAACUGUUUGUGAAAUUGAGCGAGUGAGGGAAAGGGAAUAUCGAGAGAAAGGGGUGGACGCCGAGGAAAUCCGGUUCUCGUUCCUCGUGAAUUUCCCCCCGGGGUUCAAAAUUGGGAAGUAUUACAAGAUCGCGAUGUGGAAAUGGCAGAGGCUGCCGUAUUGGUCGCCUUACGAGGAUGUGUCCGGGUACGACCUGCGGUCACUGGAGGCGCAGCGGAGGAUGGAGAAGAGGGCGGUGGCGAUGAUCCACGAGCUGCUGGCGCUGACGGUGGAGAAGAAGAUGACGUUGGAGAGGAUAGCCCAUUUUAGGAUGAUCAUGGACCUGCCGAAGAAGCUGAAGGAGUUUGUGCUGCAACAGCAGGGGAUCUUCUACCUGUCGACGCGAGGGAACCACGGGAAGCUGCACACGGUGUUUCUGAAGGAGGCGUAUAGGAAAGGGGAGCUGGUGGAGCCGAAUGAGCUGUAUCUUGCGAGGAGGAAGCUGGCUGAGCUCGUGCUUGUCAGUCCGAGGAAAGCCCGGAUGGAGCCUGAGUUGGCGAGCUAUAGGAGGGACGGACUGGAUGAUCAUACAAGGGAUGUUGGGAGAGAUUUAGAUGAUGUGGUGGAUGCUUCUUACUCAGAUGAGGAUGAGAGCUGUAGUGGAAGUGAUAUAGAUGAAUCUUGCUAAUCAGAGUGAACAUCUUAACGGCUUUAAUCCGAUUUAGAGGGAAACCUGCAUUUUGAAAUCUUGACUCUCUAAUUUGGAUGGCAAUUAGCGGUGUAAUGAGAAUCCUACCCAUCAUCAAUUGACUUAGCUAAGAUUGUGAACCCUUAAAAUCCUUCAGUUUUAUGGGAAACAUAAAUAUAAUUGAUAA